UCCUGUCCGGUUCAAGUUAGGAAAAAUGUCCUGGCGAGUGGCGCGUUUCCGUUAGUAGUACGAAGCUCCUGUUGGUAUCAACAGCAAUACCAUCAAGCCGCGGCGCAACAUCCCGCUUUCCGCCUUUCACCGACUUUGUGUGUUAUCAGUUCGGCUCACCCAGUCAGUGGUGAAUAGAAAGAGAUCCUUUUCGGGGAGUGGGUGAAGCAGUUGUUGUAUGUGCACCGUCAAUACAUAGUUGCUCCUACAUGUGCUCCAAGGGAUCAUCAGGCUUGCAAAGUACAUAACAGUGACUACAACGAGGACAACGCAGCAAGAGCACCGUACAAUGAUGCCUGGGAGGCAAAAAAUGGAUACUUGAUAUGGUCCAGGCUCCCGCUGUGGAUAUUCGGUGCUGGUGCAAUUGAAAGCGAGCCCCAAGCGGCCAAACGAGUGCGAGUGCAAAAAAACGAAAGAUGGAAAAUUGAUUUUCUUAUCAGUCAGUCAGUAACGCGGCUCCCGGCAGAGUGGGCACGGUAGCGGGCGGUGUGGGUGCGCGGGUGUGUGAAAGACCAGGACCGAGUGGAGCCAUGUACGACGACUACGCGGGCCCAGAAUCGAUCGAUCCUCGGUUCAGCCUGGCUUGACGUUUGGUGCGUGUCGACAGCGGCUGACUCCAUAGGAACGAACGAACGGAAGAGACGAGAAAAACGCAACAUAAGCAAAUUUGAGCCACGGCCUGGUUGAUGGGUGACCCGCGCGAAUCCUCCUGCAACAAGUACCUCCGGGCUUCAACGCGAAUAUGAUGGAGGAAUGAAGAAAAUCGAUUUCGAUUAGUGUGGUGUUACCGCCUUUUAGCUCUCAGCCUAGGAAGUGCAAUUUCGCGAUUUGUUUGUGGCCCAGCAAAGUUUUGACCGUGAAGUGGGAAUCGGUGGAGUUACACCCGUUUUUUGACGUCAGGAAAGUUUCGUGGGAAUAUUGGUGUCGUAUGCAAUAGCUGCUCCGGUCCGUAUCAAUCAAUAAUGUUGAAUGUAUAGUGAGCCUAAUAUUUGAAAAUAACCGAGCAGCCUGGAGCAUUUACAUCGCUGUCGCCACCUAAAAAAGGGCGACUAGAGUGACACAAUCCCAUUAGUUGAACUUCACGGUGUGCUCGCCCUGCUAUAGAUGCUAUGUGAAGGGAUAGACUCGACCCGACAAACAAAUCAGUGACGGUGGUGAAGAAUCCGUGUGGGUCCGUUAUGGGUGGAAAGUGAUUAGCAUAUCUCAAGUGUUGUUUCGUUGAUACGCCGCGCCGCCACACGUCGUCGUCGUCGUCAGGAAAAUGACCGUCAACCAAGGAAUGUGUGUUCGUGCUCUGCCGUUGACGGGAAUACAGCAAACAUAUCUCCAGUAGCUGGUGGAAGAGUAUAAAGUGCAACCGAAGAAAGAACCUAAAUCGAUAAAGGAUAUAUAAAUAGCUUUGUGUCGGUGGUGGUGAAAAUGGCCGAGGGCGGAAAUCACAAGGAAAGAUAGGUCCUCGAAAAGCAACAUAUUCAACGGUUUUCAUGCCACCAAAUGCAGUGCGACGAAAUGGUGCUCGCAUUGACUGCGACCAGUGCGGCGAUAAAAAUAGUUACAAAUAGCUGAAUUGGCUUUUGUGGUUUAAAAUAGAGUCAAUCAUGGAUUGCUGUAGCAGUAAUUACAUGGAUUUCAGACAUUCUAUGAAUAAUAACUUUUGCUAUCCGUACUCGCCCAGCAUGAUAAGAAGUGCGUCACCAUAUCCACUCCCCCCAGGGAGUGGUAGCCGCUACGGAUCCGAUUACCGCGGUGGCUAUUACGAGGCCAGCAGCUUCGAUAAAUAUUAUGGCGGUUAUCUUCCUCCAUCCGGGUCUGGCCCUGCGUACGCUGGAAACUAUUACGGAAGCUCGUAUUCGUCCUACCGAGAGCUGGCCUACAACGAAUACUACCAUCCAUCGUCACCGUCUUCGCAUCCUUUUCCUGGGCCUGUGCCCGGAAGCUUCCAUGGACCGCACAUGUUCAAUCGACAUCAAUCGCUUCCGCUUCCGUUUCAGCGAGAAUCCUAUUAUCAUCAGAGAGAUCACCAUCCAUAUGCUGCAGAGAACUUCAGUAAUUUCUCCAGUAAUCCUUACAAAAGAGCAGAUUCUAACCAUGCCAGCAGCGGCAGUACAACAAACUCAAGUACGGGCAAUAGCACGACGGUAAACGGCAGUUGCAGCAGUCCCAGCAGCAGCAGCACUGCUGGAGAAACCCCCUUGUACGGCUACACGCAUAGCCCAGAUUAUUCGGCACAAUCCUAUAAUUCCGGCAGUAGCCCAAAUCAUCCCCAUCACCAUCGGCAUCAUCCGCUCCCACACCCGAGUCCCGGCGAAGGAGGUGGAAGCAGCUAUACCCCAUCCACAAUGCCAAAUGCAACAGCAGGAUAUCCUCACAGCAUAAAGGACGCAAGAAUCCGGAAACUGAAGGAGCGCAAACUGGCGAAGUCGGCGUCCCAUGGCAAUGGGAGUCCCAAUCGUGGCCAAAACACCAAUAGCACCAGCAGCAGCCCCAAUCCCGGGAGCUGUGGGAGCAACAGCAGCGGCACCGAUGCACGACUGAAAUCACUGGAUGCACUCGCUAGUGAUAACUAUGAGCACGACCCCGCCAACAACUCCCCGAGCAGCCGGCACACGUCUCCCGGCCGCAGUGCGGGGCCGAGUAAUUCACCGGCCGGUGCUGCGGCGGCGGUAUCCGGUGUGAGUCCACCGAAGCGAUCGAAAAAACAAACGACGAAACACCGGGCAGCGGCCACGGAACUCGACAAACUGCAAACGGCACCACCAAUCAAAUCCGGUGACCCUGGUAACAGCAACGCGUCAUCGACACCUGCCGCGGGCACCAUCGAUCGGAACGUUACGCCGCUACCCGGCUUCCAGCAAGCAUUCGGGUCCACGGAAAUUGGCAAAUUUUCCGAAGCGUUCUUCAACAGCAACAGUCCCGACCCAAACGAGCUCCAUCCUGAAGGAUCGCUACCGGCCGGCCAUCAUCAUCACCAUCCACACCCACAUCAUUCGCACCACGGCCAUCCACCGCACCCUCUAAUGAUGAUGGAUUCGCCCGACGUAGACAACACGUUGAGCCCUCAAUCGUGGGAACCGACGGGACCGGGUGAUCCAUACGAGACCACAUCGACGACGACAACGGCGUUCAACCUGCAAAUUGGCACAAGCUUCCAUCCAUCGUACUACGAAUCGCCGUCCUAUGCGUCGUCGGACCAUGCGGUGGAUUCCCCAUUGGGGAACUACUUUAGCGAAAUGACGUGCAGUGAGUAUGUGAACUGAGGCAAAGGAUGUGAGAGACGGACCUGGAAGCUCUUUGAAAUAGGACCAUAUAGGUGUGAAACCAUGAUGAAAAUCAAAUAGUUUUCAAGUCUGGUGAGAUGCAAAGAUUAAUUCGUCAUAGGCAACCGAAUCAAAAUGUUCGAAAUGUUUCAUUUAUCAGAACGCUUUUAUAUUGGAAAUGUUCACCUGCUCUACGAGAUUUUUUUUCUCAAUAAUAUCAGUCCUAUGAAAUCCUUUAAAAAUAUUCAAAACGCUUCUGAACCCAUAAGAAUCCAGUGAUACUUCAAUUCAAGUACAAAAUUAUUUCAAACAGGAAAACCAAUAUGCGUCGAGAAAUAAUGCAGAUAACUUUCAAGAUUUGUAACAUUAUUCCAAAUUCAUUCGAACAUUGAAAAUCUAAUUGAACGUUCGAUAACCGACAACAUAUGUUCCGAAUCAGAUUCGAUUUGCAAAGCUCCUAGACAUUGAUUGUAGAUUAUUGACGUGGCAUUACAAGGCAUUACAAUAGUUAAAAUGCAUGGAAAAAGAUCGCAGAAACUAAUGAUCGAAAGAUGUUAUAUAGCAAAAUGUGAUGGUGUAUAAAAUAUUUUUUUCGGAUCUAGAAAAUAAAUCGCCAAAAUUGACUUGUGAAUAGCUAACUCUUAAUCAUCUAUCUAUGAACAAUUUAUAAUUGACGGCAUCUAAUCUUAGUCGUUUCCCCUUUUAACAGAAUCAUGUGCUCCAUAUGAAGCAAAAAUAAAUAAAUUGAUUAUAAACUGCAUGCCAAAAUUAGUGAACAAUUUGAACGAUACGGACGUCUGCAUGAAAAGGUUUAUAGAAUAUUGAUGGCAAGUCGCGCUGUCGAUCGAUUGUUUGUCCUCCAAGCAAUUUCUUGUUUUUUAUUCAGAGUAAUAAUCAUCAAUAUAUUUAAGUUAUUGCAAAACUCAUCUCUACCAUAGAAUAGUUGAAACGAUUACGAUUUUUUUUUAACAUUUCACAACAUAGAUUAAAAAAAAAAUGCAUAGGGGUCGUACACUUCUUACGUACUUAAGCAAUUUUUUCUGUUUUUUUUAAUGCUAAGUUCUAGAAAUGCUGGCAUUGCAGAGGAGGACAGAUUGAUCAGUAGGAGCCUUUAAAAGCAUUAUUUUGCCAAUCGGUCCCUUCAAAAUUUGCCUCACUGAAUGAACGCAUAAACAAGUCCUCACAUAGAGAAAGAACAUUGAUAAUAUUCCCAUAAUUACAAACAAUAUGUUAAAGACUUAUGUAAAUAAUGCCUAUCAAUGCUGUUGAUCCAAUUAGGUAUGGUUCAUGCAUAUAAAAAAUCCAGUGCAAGCACAUAAAUAUUAGUGUUUAAUAUCAAACAGUACAUAAUAAGUGUUAUUGUUGUUAAAUGGACGUGAACUCGUGACACUGAUCAGAACAGAAUAAAAGCUAAUCUCAAACAAAAUUUACACACGAAGAGAUGGAAAAUUCUUUCCUCCAAAACAGAUGAAUCUCAAUCAGCGAGUACGGAAUCGACCGAAGAGUUAAAAUAAUUUUUAUUAAAAAGAGAUAAAUGUGCCUUAACGAGAAUCACCCGAUGAGGGGACGGUGGGGAUAUUGUUAGCGAAAAUUGAACGAAGUUGAGAAACGAGCGAUUCCGAAAUCCAAUUUAGUUACAGCACGUCAUUCCAUUUGUGCAAAGCAAACAAAGCAUACGUGUAAUGCAACAUGACCGACCAUUAUUCAGUUCCAAAUGAAACACGCUUCCGUUCGGUAGUGGAUCUCAAAUUCUUCCCUAAUUUACAAAUAAUCAACUAGACGUUUCCUUGCGAUGGAGUUUAUAUUCAAAAUAAAGGAAAAGCACACACAAUAAGUCGAUACCAGUCUACAUAUACCAAAGUUAGUAUACAUACUAGUGAUUUUGAAACGUUUUAAGGCAUAAAUUGGUAACGAAAAAUGAAAGAAAAAAAACAACGGUUUCCGGUAUUCGAAAUUGAGACAAAAUUGUAUUUUUAGGAGCAUCUUAAUUUUUACGAAAUAAAUUAAAGGAAAGAUAAACUAAUCAAAAUUUUUAAUAAUUCGUGUUUGUGGAAUCUCCAAGCAGAUCUGUAACAUAUUAACAAAAAAACGAAAAGAAUUUAUUAAAUCAAUGAGAACUAUUUCAAUAAACCGAAGAAAACAUCCAACAUUUAUACUCAUAUAGAAGCAUAAAGCAGUUUAGCCAAGGAACAUGUUUGUAAGUUUCGUGAAGUCGAAUACAGACCAUUGAUGAUAUAUUUUUAUAGUUGUAACGAACGUUCAAAAACGCGUUAAUCUGAAAAAGAAAACAACCACUAAAAAGGUUGAAAAUAAUCGAAAAAAAAAAAUAGAACGACAUCCAGAAUAUUUCAUUCCAAAUAUUUCUGUGCAGAAAAUGCCCUUCAAAAAUGUCAACAAAUGAUUUUCCUCCAAAUUAAGCAACUUAUCCAUUGUCUGUCAAACAUUGAUUAUCUUCGGGAGAUGAAAAAAAAACGUAAACAAAAUGGUGGAAGGAAAGAAGAAAAACAAAAGUUCAAACAAAUCUCUAACAAGUCUAGUCAAGUAGCGUAAACAUAAUAUUCAAUCAAAACUAGUCAAAUACCAGAGUUGAAUAAAUUGAA